AAAACAGCUGGCAUCUGAAACAGCUUGGACUUGCUGGAGGUAACCCAGUCGACCUGCGAAUGGUGUGAACCAGGACCUGACCAAGAAGCGGGAGAGCACCAGGAUUCCUCCCUGGAAAAGACUGGUAAUCAUGGCUGCUAAGAAACUCAGAAGAGCGAGGUUGUCUCAGGAGCUGUGUGAAAGGCUGAGUCGCCAUCAGAUCACUACCUGUCAGGACUUUUUAUGUCGUUCCUUCUUGGAGCUAAUGAAAGUGACGGGACAGAGCUACUAUGAUGUGCAGAAGCUUCUUUGUAAAGUCAGCCGAGCUUGUGCUCCCAAAAUGCAGACAGCUUAUGAAAUGAAACUGAGGAAGUCUGUCAAUCCCUCUUCAGCCUUUUUAUCUACCACGCUGCAUAGUUUGGAUAAAGUCCUGCAUGGUGGAGUGCCCUGUGGAUCCCUCACAGAGAUAACUGGCCCACCAGGUUGUGGCAAAACUCAGUUUUGUAUUAUGGCAUGUGUUCUGGCUACUCUGCCUGUAUGCAUGGGAGGACUGGAUGGGGCUGUUAUAUACAUUGACACGGAGUCUGCAUUCAGUGCUGAGAGGUUGAUUGAGAUAGCAGGAAACAGAUUCCCUACUUAUUUUGAUUCAGAAGAAAAGCUGUUCUGCAUGACCCAUAGCAUCCACCUGUAUCGAGAGCUGACCUGUGGCAGUGUACUGAAGAGGAUUACGUCUUUGGAAGAAGAAAUUAUUUCAAAGAAAGUUAAACUCAUAAUAGUUGACUCUAUUGCUUCAGUUGUCAGAAAGGAAUUUGAUACAAAACUCCAAGGCAACCUGAUAGAGAGAAGCAACUUUUUGGCUAGAGGAGCAUCAGUGUUGAAGUAUUUGGCGGAGGAGUUCUCAAUACCAGUUAUCUUGACGAAUCAGAUUACCACAUCGUUGAGCAAUGGCCUUGCGAUCCAGGCAGACCUGGUGUCUCCAGCUGAUGAUUUGUCCCUGUCUGAAGGAGCUUCUGGAAGUGGGAAAAGGGAAUCUGGUUGUGUGACAGCAGCCCUUGGCAACACAUGGAGUCACAGUGUCAAUACAAGGAUCAUACUACGAUAUCGUGACUUGCUGACAAGACAGCUCCUGGUUGCUAAAUCCCCUGUUGCUCCAUUCUCUGCCUUUUUCUACACUAUUGAGAAAUCAGGCUUGGUUCUUCAAGAUGGAAAGGAUCAAACAAAUCUAACCUGGGAAGGAACCAAUCCUGCCCUGCAGACCAUACGAGUGAGGAACACCACCUUGAAAAAUACUUUACUUGAUUCUGCUUUACCCAGCACUACUGCUGAGACUCCAAGCAAUACAUCCUAUCUAUAGAAAGGACAAACGAAACCUUCAUUAAGAAAUGAAUGAGUGACAACACUGGUUUUGAAAAAUACGGUGAAGCAGAUAGUGAGCAUUCUUCUUCUUUUGUCUCUUUAAAAACGUAGUUAAAACCACAUGCUGUUCUUCGUAUGUGUGGAGCCAUGCUUAACUCUGAACUUAGGAAAAUCCUGUAUUUUGUUCAGUUUAUUUAAGUGACAUGGUAAUAAAAGCCUCUGAACAACACAAGUGCUACUGAAGAA